AUGGUCUCUCUCCUUUGUUUCUGUUACGGGAAAGACAAAUCGGAACUAUGCCUUCGAGACCUUGAUUCCACGUGGGACCUUCUGAGAGUCGCUAGUCUUACCUUACAACAGGUGUACUUCCUGUCCCUUGGGAAGGUGUCUAACGGCUGUGUGCUCGUCGCGAUAACAAACAACAUCAUUACUUUUGUUCCUCUGUUGGUGGUGACUUAUAUUUUCCGCAACUCUCGUCUUCGCGAUAGUCAUGAAAGAUUUUUACGCGAAACGGUUGAAGACCAUUUGGAUGAAGCACUUGAUUUCAGUGCGGGUAACGUCACGGAAACUCAGGACGCGAUGGAAGAAUGGAGCUGGACUGAACAAGCGCCUCCAAGCUUAAAGAGUAGCAAAAAUCGACAGUUUCGAUCCUUCCCCUGGCAAAUGCGCAUUCUUGCCUGGAUCCUACUCAUUCUAUCGCUGUGCGUCGCAGUCGUCUUCACAACUUUCUACGGUGUGAGCUUCGGAGAUGCAGCAUGUCAGAAAUGGCUCACCUCGUUGUUCCUUUCUUUCUUCGCCAGUGUAAUACUGGUACAACCAUUCAAGGUCAUAGCAAUGGCCAUGUUUGUGUCAUUCGCUUGCAAAGAUGUCAAUAGAGUGGGUGAUAUCGAAGCCGUGGGAGAGGAAUACGCUUUGAUCCGUUACCUAGGGAGAAGAUACCAACGGAGGAUGGAUGAGAAAUAUCGUCAUGGAGACUUCCUGAAGAGAAACUACGCGCCACACAAACUGGCCAUCCAGACACCAAGUUCGGAAGAGCUGGAACGCGCCCGGGAUUACAGGAUCAAACAUCGACGUGCCCGCGACAUCAUCCGCGAAAUAUUUUUCUACCUUCUCUUUCUGAUCGUUUUACAUGUGGUCACACUGAGUUUCCGGGAUCCUUAUGGCUUUCAUCUGAAAAGUAACAUCGAACGUACUUUCUUCAAGAAUUCGUUCGACAAAUUGCACACGGUGGAAGAAUUCUACAAGUGGGCAAACGAUGUGCUCAUUCGGGGACUUCGUGCCAAACGAUGGUACAAUAAUGAACCGGCUCUGUAUCAGAGGGGAUUUCUGCAAGACAGAACGGAUCGCAUGAUUGGGUAUGGUCUUAUGAGACAACUGCGAGUGAAACCAAACUCAUGCAAUGUAUACCAUCUGGUGAAACCACUGAUAAAAAACUGUUAUGAGAGUUAUGACAUAUUCAGUCAAGAUGAGCAAAACUAUGGCGUCGGAUGGACCGAAUUCAGUGGCGACAGCGAACAGAACAAUUCGAGACCUGAAUUUCAAUACACCAGUGCGUCCAAGUUACAAGGAAUUCCAUUCCUGGGAGAGAUGCACUGGUAUUCCGGUGGGGGGUAUGUUCACACGCUGCGUGGAACUGAAGAACGGAUGCAGGAACAACUGAAGUUCCUGGAGUCUAAUCAAUGGAUCGACUUCAGUACCAGGGCGAUACUCAUACAAUUUACUAUUUAUAACCCAAAUGUGAAGCUCUUCGCGAUAGUAACCGCGCUAGUGGAAGUUCCCGGAGUCGGAAUACUCAUACCUACGUACCGCAUUGAAACAGCCAACCUACUUGGGUCUAUAGGUUCAAACGCUCCCGUGAUUGAGAUCGGUUUUCAGGUGAUCUACGCAUUCGCCCUGCUGUGUUAUCUAAUCAAGGAGAUCAGAAAUAUACACCGACAGAAAUGGACGUACUUCGGAGACUUUUGGAAUUACAACGAAAUUUUCAUCAUAUCUGGUUCAUUUGCUGCCAUCGCUGCCUACGUCUACCUGAUUGUCAGCACAAAAGAGGCCGUGGGUGAAUUUUCACGCACCAACGGAAAUGUGUUCACCAACUUCCAGCUACUGGCCUACUGGAACGAGACGCUAAUCUAUUUGUUGGCAGUGCUUUGUUCUUCCGCCACACUGAAGCUGAUUCGACUGUUCCGCUUCAACCAACGUAUCGGGCUACUGGGGUCCGUGUUGCGGUACGCUUCAAAAGAACUGAAAUACUUUAUGAUUGUGUUCACAGCUACCUUCAUGUCAUUUGUUAUGGUGUUCUACCUCUUGUACUCAAGCACCCUCGAAAGUUUUCGUACGGUCUUCAUCGCUGUGGAGACGUGUAUGCAAAUCAUCCUGGGUAAAUUCGAAUUCACCACAAUGUACGAACGUGAAAUGGUUCUCGGUCCGCUCAUGUUUGCCACAUUCAACCUCUGCAUUAUUUUCAUUAUGAUAAGCAUGUUUUUGGCUAUAAUGGAUGAUAGUUUUCAGCGGGUUAUGAAUGAUAUUAGACUGCAAUCAGACGAAUAUGAAAUGACUGCAUUCAUCUUGUCCCAACUGGUCUUGUGGUCUGGACUCGGUCGCACUCACUGGGGUCAAAAAGUGACCGAGCAAACGCAAAACAAACCGAAAUCCGCGUGUCAUCCAGAUUCGGAACAAGAGCUUACUUAUCAAUUGAAACAACUGAACAACUUGAUGGAUGAAUUCAUCGGAUUGGCGCAGUCACAUUAUAUGGCUGGCUUGGAACCCAUGCGGUCUGGUUAAAGAGGUCAUAAGCUACAUCGCACCAACUUCCCAUUAUAGAGAUCAUCCACAUUCGUACUUCAGCUACAUCACAACGUGCUCUCCUUGUUGUCCUAUCAUGGUGUUUACUCCUUGUUGCGUGGUUAUUCUAUACUUCUGGUCUGUCUGCUUACCUACGUCAUAAACCAUCUAAUCA